AUGGAGAAGGAGGAGGUCCCGCGGGCCGCGCCCGGCAAGAGAGAGCCCGGUGGAAUCGCGGCGCAGCGAGCGCGGAUCAGCGACUCCGGCGAGACCGCGGACGAUUUCAUCAGCAGGCUCCCCGACGUAGUCCUCUGCACCAUCAUCUCCCUCCUCCCCACCAAGGACGGCGGCCGCACGCAGGCCCUCUCCCGCCGGUGGCGCCACCUGUGGCGCUCCGCGCCCCUCAACCUCGAGGUCCUCACCCGGCUUCCAGACGACCCCAUCCCCACCCACUCCGUCUCCCCCUCCGCCGUCUCUGACAUAAUCUCCCGGCACCACGGCCCCGCCCGCCGGUUCUACUUCCACUGCCUCCGGGACGACGAGGUCUACGCCCAGGCGGAAAGCUGGUUCCUCUCCAGGGCCCUCGCCAACCUCCAGGAGCUUGAUGCCAGCUACGGCAACCUCCCGCUGCUGCCGUCAGCGCUCCGCUCGGCGUCCACCCUCCUCGUUGCCAAGAUCAGCCACUGUGAUCUCCCAGGCGAGAUUGUUCCAAGCUUUCCCCUCCUCAAGCAGCUCACCCUAGUGUACGUUUCCAUCUCAGCGGACGGCUUCCACACACUGCUCUCUAGUUGCCAUGCCUUGGAGAGCUUAUGUAUGUCCCAAGUUCGUGCUGCCGGUUGCCUCCGUGUUAGCUCGCCAACUCUUAAGAGCAUUGGCUUCCGUGAUAACCACAGUGAGGAAACAGAGCUGGUCAUAGAGGAUGCUCCUCGCCUUGUGAGGUUACUAUUACCCUAUUGUUAUCUAGAUGAUUGUGUGACUAUCAGGGUAAUUUGGGCGCCUAAGCUGGAGAUAAUGGGCCCUUUUGCAGCCUUCGUCUCCAAGCUCCUACUCUUCCAGAGAAAAAGCCCAGUCAGCUCAGCAAACUCGAUGCACGCAGUUCUUAACAUCCUCAGGUGGUUCCCCUGUUUGGAAAAGCUCUAUGUCACUUUUCAUAAACGCUAUGAGAUGGGUGCGAAAGAUGAGCCUCAGUAUGACCCACAGCAUCCAAUUGAAUGCCUACAGACCCAUCUCAAAAAUGUGGUGUUUAAGUUAUAUUCGGGCAAUGGGAAACAGGUUGACUUUGCCAGAUUCUUUGUUUUGAAUGCGGAAGUGCUAAACAAAAUUGUAUUUGAAGUACAUGGUGACUACAGCAGUGAAUCAGUGGCUUUUCAGCACGGGCUGCUACAUGUGAAAAACAGAGCUUCUCGAGAUGUUCAAUUUGAAUUCAGGAGUACACAUGUUCGUAAUAAGUACCUUGGUGACGAGCAUAUCCAUGAUUUGUCAGUGUCCGACCCCUUCAGACAGCCAUAG